AUGUUCGAUGAAAUCCACUCGCAGCUCCCGCAGCCUCCCACGGACACAAACUCAUAUUUUCUCGGAAGCAUUGCCGGGCACAAUGUCGUGAUGGCGUGCCUGCCGGCCGGUGUGAUCGGGAUCACACCGGCUGCUACAGUGGUGGCGCAUCUGCGCUCCACAUUCCCUAGAAUCCAGUUCGGGCUCCUGGUCGGGAUCGGAGGGGGCGUGCCUAGUGCAAGCAAGGAUAUCGACAUCCGGCUAGGCGACAUCGUCGUCAGCAAGCCCACUGCAACUUACGGGGGAGUGGUGCAGUAUGACUACGGAAAGGCGAUAGGCGAUGGGCAGUUCCAGCAGAUGGGUGUACUGAACAAACCGCCGGAGAUACUCUUGACCAGUAUCUCCAGGUACCAGGCCGACUACAGACGCGAGGAGAAGCCCGUUUCGUCUCUUCUCUCGAAACGGAGUACCAGGACAAGUCAUAUGUUUGCGCACCCCGGGCAGGGUCACGACCACCUGUUUCACGUGUCGUACGCUCACAAGGGGUCUGAGACCAGCUGUGAAACAUGCGAUGUGAAAGGAAUUAUCCAGAGGAAACAACGAGACUCACCAGAGGAGCCAAUGAUCCAUUACGGGCUAAUUGCAUCGGGCAACCAGGUUAUCAAGGAUGCGAUGGUUCGAGAUACUCUGGCAGAACGACACGGGAUUAUCUGCUUUGAGAUGGAAGCAGCGGGCCUAAUGAACCAUCUUCCUUGCUUGGUGGUUCGUGGCAUUUGCGACUACUCAGACUCGCAUAAAAACAAGAGAUGGCAGGGAUACGCCGCAAUGACCGCCGCAGCAUUCGCACGACUGCUUCUGGCAUCGGUGCCAAGGUCAUUGACUCCCCGAACCACAGAGACAAAGGAUGAAUGGACCGAUGCCGAAAGGCGGUGCCUGCAAAGGCUAUUUUUGACGGACCCCGAAACGGACAUGAAUGCAUUGAAGCGAAGAAAAGGAGGCCGUGCCCCUGGGACCUGCGAGUGGAUCCUGGAAACAGACGAACUGAAAGCAUGGAGUGGACAAUCGCCUGGCAGCUGCAUGGACAGAUCCAAUAUAUUAUGGCUAUACGGAUACCCGGGCAUUGGAAAGUCCACCAUGGCCAUCGCACUGGCCGAAAUGCUCCCCGACACGCCGUCCUUUCAUGAAAAGAACAAGAUCCUUGUUUAUUUCUUUUGCGAUUCCAACUCUGAGGAUCGGCGGACUGCUACUGGGAUCCUACGCGGUCUGCUCUAUCAAAUCUCCCACAAUAGCCGGAAGCUCAUGAGGCCACUCAGGAUGAAGCACGAUAUCCAGGGAGACAAACUAUUCAGCUCGUUUGAUGCACUAUGGGACCUCCUCAUGGAAAUUGGACAAGAGCAUGCCGGGGAGAUCUACUGCAUUAUUGAUGCUUUAGAUGAAUGCGACAGUACGGCUCAGGAGACUUUACUUACCCAAAUCAGUGACAGCUUCCUAUCAAGGAACAACACUCCAGGAGUACACAUUCUCAUAACCAGCCGACCGUACGAGGAAAUUAGGAGCUACCUCGAUGAUUUCCCCAGCCAUGAUCUGGGCGCUUAUGACAAGGUACAAGGGGAUCUUGAGGUGAUUAUCCACCAAAAGGUGAAUCAAUUAGCACGGAAGAAAAACUAUCCUAAGAGUCUCAAAGACCGGGCCAUUGCCAUACUCAAACAAAAAGCCGAAGGCACGUUCCUGUGGGUUGGUAUAGCAUGCGAUGAAUUGAUGCGUGUCCGGUUAAGAGACGUAGUCAAAACGCUGCAAGAACUACCACUCUCGCUUGACUCUUUGUAUCGGAGCCUUCUUGAUAGAGCCAUAGAGCAGAACGAGGACAACCAAGAUACAAUCAUCCGUAUCCUUGGCUUCGUCGCAACUGCUCGCCGACCACUCACCAUACUGGAGCUGCUGGAGGCCUGCCAGCUCUACACGGACAUGGGCCUGGAGGAGAGACUCGCAUAUGUCCACGAGGAUAUCACAAUGUGUCGACUGCUGAUUGUCGUGCAAGGGUCAAUAGUUUCACUGCUACACAAGUCUCUCAAGGACUUCCUGACCAGGUCCGAGCACCACCACAACCGGGUGGUAGAUGAGAGAAAUGCACACGCUAGUUUUGCACAUUCCUGCAUUGACCGUCUACUCGAAGCAUCCAGGACGGGCGGCGAGUUGCAGGUGAGUGAUGCAGCUCACUCGGUGGCUCACACCGCAUCAUUCCUCCAGUAUUCCGCCGAAAACUGGCCGGUCCAUGCGCAUCUAGCGAAAGAUCGGUUCACCAUCCUCGAUCGCCAUAGGGCCUUCUUUGAUUUCAGGUCCGAGAUCCGAGAGCAGUGGCUAGAAUACAUUCGGUUUCCGAGGCGGCGCUCGAAUUACGCCAAGGUUCCUUACAACAUGUCUAUUUAUCAUAUUGCAGCUCGGUGGGGGAUUCCAUGCCUAAUCCACUACGCGCUUCCGAGACUCGAUGGGAGCUCUACAGAGCCAGAAAUGCAAAGAUGGAAGAAGCACAACAUCAAUGCAUUAUUUUCCGGAGGGCGGACACCACUCGAAGAAAGCACUCUAGCUGGCCACGCCGAUGUAUUCCAACUUCUGCUCGAGCAAACCCACGGGAGAAUCAUGAAGGAGGCAGCUGUAGCACAGGCUGCGAUAGGGAACAAGCAGGCUGGAAGGCAAAUGAUCGAGCUUCUCCUUGACCGCGAGGAAUGCGAAAUCCAGAUUACGCAAGCGCUUGUUAUCCAGGCAGUCCGUAAUGGCAGCAUGGAAACCGUUGAAUUCCUGGUCCAGCGGCUGGGAGGGAAAUUGUCCGUCACUGACAAUGAAAUCCGGGAACUGGCUCGAAAUAGACAAAUCGGUGCAGCGGUUCUAGAUCUAUUCUUCAAUCGACUGGUUAUAUCCUCGCAUCUGCCCGAAAACGUGCUCGAAACUGUGGCAAUGCAUGGCAAUGCCGCUUUGAUGACCAUUCUACUGGACCGGCUGGGAAGUGGACUUUCACCCUCGUCUAGUGUUGCUUCAGCCGCGGUUUCGAAUAUGGAAUAUGGCCUUGAGAUGCUGAAGCUUCUGCUCGGUCGAUUUGGGGAACGUCUUCCGAUUACACCAGGAAUAAAUCUCUUCAGCCAUUGGAGCACGAGGGUAGAGUUAUGGCACCACAGAGAAGAUCUUCUGACGGAGUAUAAAGCGCUGUUGCGUCUUGUCUUAGACCGGCUGGGCGGCAAGCUUCCAGCAUUGGACGCACUGCUGGCGAACCUCAUAAGAUCACAUUCGAGACAUGGUGGUGAGGUGCUACUUCUCCUGUUGCAAGGUCGACCAGAGGAAAUUCCCACGACUCAGGACCUUCUUGAAGCGGCAGCCAACACAGGACACGAAGGGCUGAUGAAGCUCGUGCUGACUAGGGAAAUAACAGACCUCCUUAACGAGAGAGUGCUUUCCAUCCUCGCGCGGCGAGGGACGGAGGGGGUAAUGCAAUCAUUGCUGCAUCGGCUUGGAGACGAUUCUCUGAUCACCGAAAGCGUUAUCGAAAACGCAGCGUUGAAUGAGGGGCGCAACGGGCUGUCAAUACUAAGACUCUUCUGCGCACGCCUGGGCGACAGGAUCCCAAUCACGGAGGGAUCUCUGAGGCGCGUGGUGUCGAACAAAGGACUAGGGCUGAUAAUGCUGGACCUGUUUCUUGAACAGCUACAAGAGAGGCUCCCAGUUACAGAGAAUACCUUCAUCACUGCUGCGUACAACAAGGCCAUUGGACCGGAAAUUAUCAAUCGACUCGUACGUCGUUUCGGGGACAAGAUGCCCUGUUCAGUCGUGGUGCUUGAAACCGCAGCCAAAGGAAAGGACGGCGGAGUGGCGGUAAUACAGGCACUACUCUCGCAUGUAACAAGGGGGCUGGUGGAUAUAGAGGACUUGUUGAUCAAUGUUGCUUCGGCAGGAUGUGCUGGACUAAUGAUGCAAGCUCUAAACGAUUACGGACGAGGCUCAAUUACCAUCACUGAAGACGUGCUCGUGGCAGCCGCACAGAGUCAAGAUAAAGCGACGAUGCAGCUUGUCCUUGGCCAUGCAGGCAGGGUCAUCUUGAGUGAACAAAUACUUAAAGCCGCUGCUGGGGAUAUCAAAAAAGGCAACCAAAUGCUCCAGCUGCUUCUCGCCCAUCCUGCCUGUGAGGUACAGAUGUCGCAGGAGCUACUACACACAAUAAUAUACUCGACAUCGAGCGAGGAAGUCAGUUCCCUGCUUCUUGGUUCCUAUAAAGGGGAGCUACCAGUCACAGAGGGCCUUUUUAAAGCCACGUUGGACCACGGGAGCCAUCGAUUACUGCAACGAUUGCUUGACCAGCUAGACAGCCGCCAGUCGAUUCCGGAAGAAGUCCUUGAACAGUUGGUACGAAGUAACUUUGGGACGAGAAAGCUUUCCUUGCUACUUGACAGGAGUAGCAACAGUCUCAAGUUCACCGAAGUGGUCAUCGAGGCAGCAGCCCGCAAUUACUAUUCCGGCAGAGAGAACAUCACAAUCCUCCUGGACCGGUUGGACACCGAUGAACUGCCAGUAACAAUAUCGGCUUUGUCCUCCCUGCUUAAGAAUUCCCAGGGCGACUUCAGCCUGAGCUUGCUGCUCUUUGAGCGGCUCCGAGGGAAAAUCCACUUUACGGCAGAGCUUACCAGGGCUGUAGCCGCGUAUGGCGAUGCCCAGCUGAUAUAUAUGCUCGACUACCAGUACGCCGAUAUGCACAUCACCGAAGACGUCUUGCAAGCAGCCGCAGGAAACAAUAACCACGGUGGAGAUGUCCUUAAGUGCCUGUUUGCAUUGAACAGAGACAAGGUCCGUCUUACGAAGGGCAUUGUGGAGGCUGCAGCAGGCAAUUAUAACCCGGGUGUCCUUUUAUUCUGUCUUGAAUACUGCCAGGAUGACACUUUAAUCACCCCAGCGGUGCUGGCAGCUGCCGCUCAGACCACGUCUGUGGCAAUCGAAGCACUUUUCAGUCGCCAAAUCAAGGAAAACAUCAUUACAGAAGAAGUGGUGAACUCUGCGCUACAGAAUCACGGCCAUGGCGAGCAGAUCAUCAAGCUCCUGCACAAGCGACUUGGCUGCCAAAUGCCAAUCACAGAGAUGGUUCUCAGAGCGUCGGCCUUCUCAUACCGCCAUGCUGCGAGGCUUACUGAUCAAUUACUGCAAUGGGCAGGCGACGACACCCUCGUCACGGAGAGUGUGGUGAAAUCCGCCGUCAGCAACCGCAUGUCAGGGCAUGAAGUACUCAAGCUGCUGUUCAAUCUCUUAGGGGAUAGGGUCCCCAUAACCGAAGAAGUGCUCCAGACAGCAGCCAGUAAUUUCGAAGAUGGGUAUAGGGUGCUGAAGCUCAUUCUGGAGCAAAGGCCGGGCACUCAGAUCACGGAGCAAGUACUAGCGAAGCUUAUAGCCGGCAACAGGGACACUGCAAUGAUAGAACUCCUACUUGAGAAACGCGGCCCCGAUGCACCAUUCACCGAGCAGGUGCUCAUGGCCGCAAUUGGGAACACUUCACACGGCUAUGCCAUUAUGCGUCUCCUGAUCAAGAAGAGGAAGCAGAAUGUGCAUGACUGCCUGUCCGACGGGCUCCUCUCGACGAUUGCAGCGUCUGGAAACUACAGGAUACUGCGACUCUUAGAAAGGAGCUUCGCAGUUACAAUAAAGGAAGAAUGGCUUCAGCUCGCCCGAUUGUACCGCGCCGCCAGUGAGAGCAAUGGCCCCGUUCUGGACGAGCUCAUCGGACAAGGCGUCCCUUUAGAUACAAGGAAUGCCCGCGGCGAGACUCCCCUUUGGAGGGCUGCAAGUAGGAACCACCAAUCUGUCAUUCGGAAGUUACUGCAGACUGGAUUUGUCGAUGUCAAUGCGGUUUCCGAUUCUGGGGACUCGCCUCUGAUCAGCGCAGCACGCGCUGGGUAUACAAACGCCGUUUGUCUGCUGUUGGAGGCCGGCGCAGAUCCGGAUAUUGCUAACGAAAACGGGAACACGGCGUAUUCGAUGGCAAAGAUGAGGUCGUUUUUUGGGACCAUGAAAGCCCUGGAACGGCAUCAAAUCCGAUACUCAGUGCACUAG